GACAUUGGAAACUGAGCUUUCAGUCACAUAACCUCAAUCGCGUGGGUGCUCCUCCAGGUGGUGCGUUUUCCGGCAAAUAUCCAUCAAAAUGAGCUCCAAGACCGCAUCCUCCAGCAAGGGAACUUUCCAGCCAGAUUCCGAUGUCCACAUUACAUAUGAGGAUCAGCAGAAGAUAAACAUCUUCGCGAAGCACAAUGCCAAGCUUGAGGAUCUGCGGGAGGAGCUGAAGGGGAAGCAGAAUGACUUGAAGAAUCUCGAGGAGGCCAGCGAUGAGAUUGAGUUGUUCGAUGAAGACGAGCAAAUUCCCUUCCUUCUCGGCGAAGUGUUCAUUUCGCACAAUCUGCCCAAGACUCAGGAGCUCCUCACGGACGCCAAGGAGAAGAAAAAGAAGGAGAUCAAGGAAAUCGAGUCGAAGUGCAAGGAAUUGGGCGAUAUCAUCGGUGACUUGAAGUCGCAGCUCUACGGGCGCUUCGGGAGUCACAUUUACUUGGAGAAUGACGAGGACUGAUGGCCCAAGGGCACUUUCCGGGCGUGAACAGCUUGUAUUAAGGAUCAUAAAUAAAAAAAUUGGAGCUCUCAUAAGCAUAA